AUGAAGCCUCCCCCUGUCCUGACCUUCCUUUGCCUCCUGGUGGCCCUGGCUGGCGGGAACCUGGUCCAGUUUGGGUUGAUGAUUGAGAAGAUGACGGGGAAGCCGGCGCUGCAGUACAAUGACUACGGCUGCUACUGCGGCAUUGGCGGCUCCCACUGGCCAGUGGACCCGACCGACUGGUGCUGCCAUGCCCAUGACUGCUGCUACGGGCGUCUGGAGAAGCUGGGCUGUGACCCCAAAAUGGAGAAGUAUAUUUUCUCUGUCAAUGAGCAUAGCAUCUUCUGUGCCGGCAAAACCGCCUGCCAGUGGCAGACUUGCGAGUGUGACAAGAGGGCUGCACUCUGCUUUCGCCAAAACCUGGACACCUACGACCGCAAAUAUGCCCAUUACCCCAACAAGCUGUGCACCGGACCCACCCCGCCCUGCUAA